AUGGAACACCUCAUUCAGAUAGUUCAGGACAACCCAGUGCUGUACGACACCAGUCAUCCGGACUACAUGCGGAGUAAAUUGAAGGACGAAAUAUGGAAGAAGGUUGCAGAGGAAUUACAUUACAUCAAUUUGGAAACAGCGAAAGAAAAUUGGAGAAAACUUAGGGAUUGUCAUCGAGAUGCGCUCCGCAGACAGAAAAAGAAGAGUGGGCAAGCAGCGACCUCAAUCCGCCCAUGGCUGUACCAAAAUCAGAUGGAAUUUUUAGUUCCAUAUAUGGCCAACAGAGGUACAGUAACAAAUAUGAUGGAAGAGGUAAAUGCUACAACGAGUGUUGCAAAUGAUGGUGGAGGAGAUGACGUAAUAGACACACAGAGGAACGAAACACAUGACGACUUGGGGACGCCAUUGUCAAAGAAGAAGAAGAAAGCAGAUGUCAGUAAAAUCAUUCUUGAAAGUAUUAGGCCUAACAGCUACGAAGAGAGAGCUAAGAAAAAGAGACAUUUUACGCGAAAGAUCACUGCAUCAAGAAAAUGA